GUGAUUUCUGUGAUGUUAACUUAUGCAUUACGUGUAUGGGAAAACAUGUUUCUGAUGAUUAUGACAAACAUAAAGUGGUUCCUUUCAAACAACAAAAAACAUCCUACCAAAAUAUGUGAGUUGCAGUGCAAAGAAUGCAAUAUUCCUAUUUGUUCAUUAUGCUCGGCCUCCAUUCAACACAAAAAGUAUGGUCUCUUAGUCCUUUCAGAAAUACAUGUUGCAAAGAAAGAAUCCAUUAGAAAUGAUGCAAAUGAAAUAGUAAAUUAUCUUUUUCCAGCAUUUGAAUCAUUAGCAGUUGGCAUAGAAACUCAGAUGACCAGUUUAGAUGAGGAUUACGGGAAUCUUACAGCACUAGUGACGCAACACGGAGAAGAAUGGCACAAAGAAAUUGAAAGAAUCGUUGAGGAAAUGAAAAAUGAAAUUAAUGAGAUGAAAGGCAAACAUAAGAGCAUUCUAAAACAGCACCUUGACGAAAUCAAGAAUGUACAGUCUUUUAUGGACCAAACACUGCUCACUCUAAAGGAAAUUGAAGAAUCAAAUAAAGUGUCCCUGGCUUUAGAAUACUCCUCCAAGAUCACUGAAUUCAGGAAACUUCCUCCCAAAGUUAAAAUAUCAUUACCAACCUUUAAUACAGGAAAUAUAAACAGAAAAAAGAAUCACCGGUUAUUUGGAUCUUUAUCAUCUUUAUCCAUUAAAAGAGAAGAAGGCUUCAUACUGGAGAAAAAGGAGGUCACAGCUACUUAUAAAGAACUAUUGGAAGUUCCAGAAGCCAUUACGUCUAUUAGUAUUGGGUAUUGUAACAUCCGCGGUGUUACCUGUACAAAUGAAAAAGAAAUUUGGAUAUGUGGCAACUCAUGUGAUUUAAAAUGCUUUAACAUUCAAGGUUCGGACAAAAAGACCAUCAAAACAAAAUCAGGCAAAUUUACAAAUGAUUUAACAUGGACAGGAGAUGGGGACCUAGUUUACUCUGAGAGGACCAAAAGGACUGUGAAUAAAGUAAGUAGUGGGCAGAUAGAGGAGAUAAUCAGACUAAAGGGCUGGGUACCUGAACACCUCUGUGUCACCUCCUCUGGUGAGCUCCUGGUUACUAUGUACAGUGAGGAUGAAACACAAUACAAAGUUGUUCGCUACUCAAACUCCAAAGAGAAGCAAACAAUCCAGUUUGAUGAAAACGGUAAACCUCUGUAUUCAGGAAUUGGCUACACUAAAUAUAUAUGUGAAAACAGAAACCUGGAUAUGUGUGUGGCUGACUAUAGGGCAGGUGUUGUAGUUGUAGUCGAUCAGGCUGGUAAACUCAGGUUCAGAUACACUGGCCAUAGCUCUACUACGAAGAAACAGCCAUUCAAGCCAUUGGGAAUCACAACAGACAGUCAGUGUCAGAUCUUGACAUCAGACUGUCAAAAUAACUAUAUUCACAUCAUUGACCAGAACGGAAGGUUCCUCUGUUAUAUACAUAACUGUGAUUUAAAUUCCCCUACCGUUUUGUGUGUUGACAAAAAUGAUAAUCUCUUUGUCACUACGUUAGGCUCUGGAAAUGUCAUAAAGAUCAAAUAUCUCAGAUAGUUACAUACAUAUAGUAGUGUACUGUGUGCAUAGUUAUUUCU